AUGCCGUCCACCACUACAUUCCUUAAAGCAUUCCAUAUUACAUUAUCAGACGUAGGUCCAACGCAGCCACUUUUACCCAACGGGAUACCCUCUAAGAUUGCUGAUGUUCUUAUACCGCGAUCCCGUCGAUGGUUGUUCGAAUACAUAGCAUUCGAGAUACUAAAAUUGUUCAAAGAUGAGGAGAGGUGGACGCUUGCUAGGUUUCUGGACGUAGUCCUUGAGGGUUCGACCCCCUCCCUACGAUUGAUGCAUAUUGGUACUGUCACGAUCGUGGGCGGUAGCGAUAAACAGAUAUCUGCAAUUGCGCAGCCAGCAUCUUUCGAUUAUUUAUCCAGCCGUGCCAAAGGCUUUAUCUCGUCACUUGAUCGGUUAAUCGAUCUUGCACUUUCCUUAGGAUGGGGAUUUGGGUUAGAUAGCGCAAACUUAUCAAACAACUCUUCAGCAAGAAUAGAGAGCUUAGAUCCGUCUGAUCUUGAACCUGAGUGGAUCUAUUACCUACCCUUCCUUAACCAAUGGGAAUAUCAACAUGUUAAGCUCAACAGAGGAAAUGACACCCGCUACCAAUUACUAUAUGGAGGCACCACAAUGGUCUUUGAAUGCUCCAUCGAUGAUGUCUUGGACUUAUGGGCCUAUAUACGAACAGAACAAUGGUCCACAGAAGCACAACGGAGAGUGGAUGAGUUCCUUGAAUAUGCCCAGCAACCAGAUGGAUGGAGAAGACUCUAUAAUCCAAUCCUCCCUGGAUCACCUGAACCUGACAAUGGAGAUGAUUGGCCAGGAUCAAGAGCCAAUAGUGACAAUGAAGACAGCGACGAAGACAUCCACAGAAUGGCCCUACAAUUCAUCCAUGGGUCCAUUCCUCCAGAACCUACAAACAACGACCAACAAAGAGAUAAUGAAGAUGCUCAAAGUGCAGUGUCUGAAGCCUCAACAAUUGCCAAUGGAUAUCCCUAUGCCCCAGAAUACCAAUCCGAUGACAAUGACAGAGAAAGAGAUGCAGUCAGUAGUAUUGCAAGCGACGAUGAGGACUGGGCAGUCUAUUACCCAGAACAACUCCCAAUUGACAAUACCUACCAAUCUCCAGAAUACAACCCUGCCUCACCUACCACCCACAGAGAACCAGACUCAGACUCAGAAGAGGAUGAUGAAAGCGAAAAACCCACCUGGGGACCAGAGGACCCAACAGUUGGAGGGAGACCAAAUUGGAAAGAUUCCAUACUCCUCCAAGGAAUCCCAAGUGAUAUCCCAUAUGAUGAAGACAAUUGGGACUAA